GGAAAAUUUUAUUCGAUGAUAAAAGCCACGAUGUUUUGUGUCAAAUCGAGGCAACUACCGAUGCUUCAAGUUUCGGGAAAUUGCUUUUUCCCUUUCAACCCAAGCUUGCAAGAGGAACUUAAACGAUUAUUCACCGAUGAUUUCACCUUCUACAGCUACUAUACUAAUCCGUAUCCUAACGUGGACGACGUGAUGGAAGAAUUUCGUCACAAUGGACGGGAUUUCGAAUAUUGCCCGGAUGUCGACGAUUAUCCACAGCCUGUACCAAAUAUUCGUCGAAAAAAGCCGAAAAAGCCAUUGCCAAACGUGUGUGUCUUUUGUAGAAACAAUGGCGUUGAAGAGAUAUAUUAUCGGCAACAUUUGAUCAAGUAUGCCGAUGGCCGUGUACAGUGUCCCGUUCUUAGGGCCUAUACAUGUCCAAUCUGUGGUGCUACAGGAGAUACAGCACAUACCGUGAGCCAUUGUCCAAUGAGGUCGAAAAAUUCAGCAUCUUAUCAAUCAAAACCAUCACUUGAGACAAUUUCAACUACGAACGAUCCCAAAUUACAAAGAAGUUCAAUAGGUAAACGACGCCAAAAAUAAAUUGAUUUUCUUCGUUCUUUUGGAAUAUAUCGACGAGCUUAAUUUUUUAAGUACUUUAUCAAGUGUGAUCUAUCUUAAUGAAAAAGAAAAUAAGAGAUAGAGAGCAAAAGUAUAUUAAGUUACUCUGUUGGUAGAAAUGAAUUUCAAUAGAUUUUUGUGCUAUACAAAUAACAAAAAUGAUUACUGAUUGCAUUUUUGAAAAUAUAAAAGAUCGUUCGACUUAGAUAUGCCGUAUAUACGUAACUCGAAGUAGUAUGUAUAAUUUUGUAUUAUGAGAAUACGUUAGACUUGCAAUGAUUUUGUACUUACUAUAUAUGAUUAAUCCUGUACAUCGUUUAUCAAAUAUGAAUAUCGUGGCGCAUAUUAAUUAUACUUUUAAAGGUUAAGUAAUGAAUUAUUUCAUUGAGAAUGUAUUAAGUGAAGCCUUUUAAACAAUUCUUAUAUUAUACACACACACACAUAUAUAUAUAU